UAUGGAAACGCGACGAAUCCUGCGCCGGAACAGCUGUACGUUUCUUGUCCAUUCUCGAACGAUUCCUACGAGUCUUUCCCGUAUCGGUUAGAUCUUUUGGUAACCGGCGAUACGUACAGCUAUAGCAAACAGUACAUUUUCAACGUUCCUCGACAAGAAUCGAUCGAAGAAGGCACGAGCGUGCAAAGGUACGCACCGUUCGUGUACAUCGACACGACGUACGCCCCUCGUCACUCGUUACACAUUCAGCCUCUGCCGGAUUCGUACAACGUGUCGGAGUAUAGAAUUCGCUUGAUAAACAAUGACACGGAUUCCGUGGUGCACGAGGAAGGGUUCUCGGCCGCUAGCACGCGAGAGAUCUCGUACAAUUUUACCGAUCAUACCGGUGUGUUCUACUUCAAAGUGUUCGCUGUGCAUCCAGACUGCGGGGAGUACGGGUGCGCGAACAGCACCACGCCGUUCAUCAUCAUACAGGAAGUGUCUCACCGACUUCUGAUCAUGAUUAUCAGUACAGUUUGGAUACCGCCAGUGAUACUGUACGUUCUUUAUCAUCUUUACAAGUUGUAUAGAAAGGAGGGAUUGAAACGCAGACGAAAGCCUACCUGUCUCUUGAUUUAUUCGCCGACGCGUUUGACGCAUAUCAACGCGAUGAACGAGUUAGCCAAAUAUUUGAGAAAUUCUAACAUAACGGUGAUAGACACGCUCCACGUUGCGGACUCGACUGGAAAAGAUCCGAAGGACUGUUACAGCGACGCGUUUCGAAGCGCGGACGUUGUCCUGGUCGUGGCUUCUCCGCCAGCCAACAAGUCCACCGUGUCGUUCAUUUAUUGCAACAAGGAUAAUCACCUGUUCAAGUUGCUCAGGGAGAAUCAGGCCACGAAAGAGAAGCGGUAUUUCAUCGUGCAGUUGCCGUACUGCAAACCGGAGGAUGUGCCCGAGGAGACGAGGCAUCUAAAGAAAUUUUCCUUGCCGAAGGAACUGGCCAGGCUGGUGAAGGUUAUUCAUAAAAUGGAAUACGUCGGCUGCGUUUGCGUCUCCGACAAGGACUUCCUGGACAGCGUCAAGUUAGCAAAGUUGGAGAUGCUCGAGGAGGAUGAAAGUUCUUCGAGGGAAGCACGAGAGACCGAAAAUCUGUUAACCUCGGGACCCGAGAAAACGUCGGACAAUCCGAGUCCCGCGGCGUCACUGGGGAAAGGUAACGUCGCGUCCGAAGCUUUCGCGACGAAUAUCGACAAAUUGGAUUUACUCGGGGGGACCGAAACCGACGGGGAACCGGCGUUCCCCCGCGAUUCCUCGGCGAAACACGCCGACGCGUUUCGCGUCGACGAAUUGGACUUGUGAGUUGAUCGUUCGAAAAUGAAACCGCGAUACGGUUAGGUUCUGCUCGUUUUCGUAACACUGUUUCCACCACGGACGCCGACGGAACGAUGUCUUUCUCUUGUAUACCUGUUGUACCGACUGAAUAAACGGGAAAACUUGUUCGUCGCUCUAGCCUCCCUGGUCUUUGCGUUUAUUCGCCGCAUCUUCUUUCUGUUCGUCCAAUGAAAUUUAUUCAAUUCAUACCAAGACAUUAUUAGGUACAAGAGGGUAACGAUGCCCACGGUAACGGCCACAUUCAGAGGGGGUGCAUCAUUUUCGUUAGAACUAGUCAACUUAGAAGAAUCACGAAACACGAUACAGCAAAUAUACUAACUAAACUCGUACGC